GGCAACCCCGGCGUGAGUUCAUAUGUCCGUGGUAUAAAAUCCGUUGACAGCGUGCGACCGACUAUCAGUGUGACUAGUUUCGUGAGGCGCGCAGCACACACGCGGCAAUGAAGGUUUUUGUAGUACUUUUCGCCCUUGUGGCAUGCUCCUCGGCGACGUUUGAUUCGCUGUUCGGCGGCGGAAGAGGUGGCGGCGGCGGCGGCGGCGGUGGUCUCGGCGGACUGAGUGAACUGUUCGAUAUAGAGGGACUGCUGAGCGGAUUGCUCGGCGGUGGAGGUGGUGGGCAGUCCAAGGGUCCCCGACCGUCGUAUGGUCCUCCCCCACGGCCCGCCUAUGGACCACCACCACCACGGCCGGCCUACGGACCACCACGGCCAGCCUACGGACCACCACCGGCAGCUCCUCCACGACCGGUCUAUGGACCUCCUCCACAGGCACCGCCACGCCCAGUUUACGGGCCGCCACCGCGCCCGGUUUACGGACCGCCUCCCCCAGCUCCAGCUCCAGCAUUUAGAGUUCCUCCAUCUGAUCGUUUCCCAGUUCUACCACCGCUACCGGUCAAUCGUCCUCGAUCACCUCCUCCAGUUUAUGGACCACCACCAGUACACCAUGCGCCACCUGCUCCUGUGUACGGUCCUCCUGCUCACCAUCAACCGGCUCCUUCUCACUCUUAUGGACCUCCUAACUACUCUCCCCCGGCUCCAAUUUACCAACCAGCUCCAGCUCCAGUCCACCAUUCACCGCCAGCCCCAGUCUACCAACCAGCUCCAGUCUACCACCAACCAGCUCCAGUCUACCACCAGCCAGCUCCAGUCUACCACCAGCCAGCUCCAGUCUACCAAGCACCUCAGCAAAUCCCACAUCAGGAGUACGGACCACCUCAGCAAGUCCCACAUCAGGAGUAUGGACCUCCACAGCAUGUUCCAGCUCCAGCUCCUGUCUAUGGACCACCCCAGCAAGCUCCUACUCCAUUCUAUGGAGCACCCUCAGCUCCAGCGGCUCCUCAGGUGAUCACGAUCGUCCAACCACCACGAACUGAAUACCUGCCCCCAGAGCAGAUCCAGCAGCUCCCUCUGCAGGACACCAACGUCAACUUCCACGGCGUGAGCUCGAGUGCGGUUGCUUCCGGCAGUGUCACCGGCGGCGGUGACUCCGGCUAUCACUACGGGAUCGGCCAUUGAUCGGACAGUUAGAACCAACUAGCGUAGAGCGGACCACAAGCAUUAUCUCAUUCUCUCUCAUUUUUGCGGAGAGAGCGAGAGAGGAAUCCAAUGGCACACACA